AUGGACCUCGAAAGCCCUCUGGUGUCCACCUUUGGUGCCAUUGCAAUAACCACAACAUUACUUGCAGGAGUAGCAAUCUGGUCUCUUUUCUUUUCAGGUCCAAAGACAUUCGACUAUCCCAUCUAUGGCGCCGAAGACGAAAAGCCCAGUACCCUGAUGCGCAAAUUUCAACAUCAGGCGGACAUUAUUCUAGCUGAUGCUUAUAAAAAGUUUCGGGGCGGUAUUUUCCAGCUGUAUACACCGGAUGGAGUUCGGCUCUUCCUGCCUAGAAAAUAUGCACAGGAACUCAAGGGAUAUGAUCGGGAGGAAUUGAGUGGCAUGAAGGCAUUGGCUGAUCGCCAUUUAGGUCAAUAUACUACCAUCGACCAUGAAAGUCCAUACAUGUUGAAUGCCAUCAAACUUGACCUAAACCAGAAAUUAGGACAAUUUGUUACCGAUGUACAAAAUGAGGUUGCUCACGUUGUUGAUGCUACAUUCCCUGCUUGCGAAGGUAACAUCUCCUUUUAUCUGUUCAUGAACCACAAUCUUAUAAUCCAUGCUUUGUUAGACUGGACACCUGUCAAUUUGAACGAUUUGCUCCUUCGAAUUAUCUCGCAAGCCUCAGCUAGGAUAUUCGUCGGCCCAUCCCUCAAUCGCAAUAAAGAAUGGUUAGAUAUGAGCGAGAAAUUCGCGACAGAUGUGAUGAUCGGAGGUGAAAAGCUGAAAGGCUGGCGCCCCAUUCUUCGUCCCAUUGCCCAAUACCUUAUUCCGGAAGUUCGGCGAAUUCAAGCGGACCAUGAAGAAGCAUAUCAAAUGCUGCGUCCUGUUCUGGAGGCGAGAGACAAGGAGCAGGCUGAAAUAGGAGACGCGUACAUGAAACCAAAUGACAUGCUAGAGUGGAUCAGAACUAGAGCCACCAAAAAUAACGACAAAUCAGUUGACUAUCGCGAGCAGGCCAAAAUUCAACUGCUGACCGCAACUGCAGCUAUACACACGACCCGGCUCGCUACACUUCAUGUCCUAUUCGAUUUGGCAGCUAGGCCGGAGUAUAUCGAGCCUCUUCGAGAGGAGCUUCAAGAGGUUCUGGCCGAGACCAAUGGUGUCUUGACAAAACAAACUCUUACGCACCUGAAGAAGCUCGAUAGUUUUAUGAAAGAGUCUCAAAGACACAAUCCCCCAUCACUCGCAACGUUCCAACGUAAAGUUCUAACCCCCGUCAAGCUCUCCAACGGUCUUGAACUGCCUGUGGGCGUUAUUGUACAAUGUAACACAGGCGUCCUUGAUGAAGUGCCCGAGAGCUGGGGUGACCCUCACGCAUUUGAUGGAUUGCGCUUCUACAAGUUGAGGAGUAAGCCAGAGGAUGCUCACAAAUACCAAUUUGCUAGCAUUUCUCUUGAGUCCAUGGAAUUUGGACUCGGCAAGGAUGCCUGUCCCGGACGCUUCUUUGCCACGAAUCAAAUUAAGAUCAUUCUCGCGCACUUGAUCUUCCACUAUGAUUUGGCUCUUGAGAAGCCCGAGGCCGGACGACCGAAGAAUUUCAUGUUUGAAGUCAAUGUUUUGGCGGAUCCUACAGCUAAAUUGCUUUUGAAACGAAGGAGCUAG